AUGAUUUCAAUAUCUACAUCUACAAGCCUGUCCCCGCAGGCAAAUAAAAAGAAAGAGACCGAUAACGAGGAUAAGGAGAAUGAAAUUAGCAGUAUGAAGAAUCAGAAUGUGUACCAUGACGAGCUUUUGGAUGAAUUUUUGGAUACGCAGAUGUAUGACGAUCCUGCUCAGCUAACAAAUGAGAUUCUACGGGUUGACAUGCCAAAAUUGGGAGUAAAUUUUGGAUUAAAUUCACAGAGCCCUCAGGGUAAAGCUUUAUUUACUCCAAAACAACAAGUAGAUCAACAACAGGGGUUUUUCUCAGUCGAUCCUUUCAAACAACAUUCACAAAUAAGUACCCCAUCAAGUUUUAAUCCUAUGCAUGCAAUCAUAACAGCAACAGAGCAAAACGGAGAAUUGCAGCGAUACCAGGAAGCCAAAAAUGAGCUCAUGAAGCUUAAAUUUGGUGAACAAACAGAUGAUGAUGACGACAGUAUGGAAUGUGGAGAAAGCGUCGUGAGUGAUUCCUCGUUUAAAGGUAUUCCUGAAUCAUCUGAAAUGUGCCGAAGUCCUGUUCCUGCCGAAUACUUAACUGUGCAAGGUUCGGAACUUCCUUACCAGCUGCAAGUUGUUGAUUUACCAUCCUAUUCACGUGUGGAGACACAAAUCAAAUUAAAGCUUUCUAUUUCUCCUGCUCCAUCCCAGUAUCUACUGCAUUUUCCUCGUGAUACAAUUGCGAAACCGAAAUUGACCUUGAAGGAUUCGGAAAUCCCUGAAUCCAUUCGCCCCCACAUGCUUUUUUUGGAUUCGUUUGUGGUUGGUUCAGAGGCCACGGAGAAUAUGACAAACAUGCAGAGUUUCAAUGUUUGUAGGAAGUGUAUGAGGCGUGAACUGAAGCGGGCAUCUCGUCGUAAGUCCAACUCUGAUAAGUCAUGUGGAUGGUCUCUAGAUACUAUGAAGCGUGCAAUUAUCUUUAAUUGCAAGGAAGUUGUAUCAUUUCCGCAACCGUCUGCUGAUCCAGAAGGAAUGGCGCAGAGAAACAUGGAGGUGUUUUCUCGAGUUGUUUGCUACUGCAGGCAUCAUCAGGAACCAAAAGGUUUCAGGCUAUUCUUUGUGCUCAAGGAUCACACUGGUAAAGUUCUUGGAAAGACUCUGUCGAGUAUGAUCAUGAUUAUGGAUCGCAAGAAGUCGGUGAAGGCGGGAAGUCGUGGUGCUCUUUCAUCUAAGGCCUCUCCAGGAAUUGGAACAAGUGCAGAUGAUUCCAAAACCUCUGUGUCUGCUUUAUCCGAGAACUCGAGCGAUUAUUUAAGUACAGGAGCUGCUGUUUCUGCCCGAAGUCUGGACCCAUCUUUUUCAUUCAGAUCCGGAACCGCUGCACCACCGUCCUUUGCUGGUGUUGGUAGUAAGGCCAGAUCUGCGAAAAGACAAAAAAGAUCAUGGUCGUCAAAUGACCAUUCUUCACUUACAUACUUCGAUGGUGUUUCGCAGCCUCAAAGAUCGGCAAAUGGUGGAUCUGUGUCAUCGACAGCCAGCGUUAAGAAGGAGGCUAUAUCGCCCUUGAGUUCAGACACUCUAUCACCUCAGAACAAUAUGUAUAUGUCGUCUGCAACUAGUGUGUUUUCGACCACUCCAGAAAAAAAGAGUUUUUCCGGUGCGUCGUCCACAUCUCAUGGAUUGACAACGCAACAGGCUGCAAGAACUCAACAGAUAGGUUCUCAGCAAGCGGCAGCUAUGCGAACAUCAUUGUCGAAUACCUCGUCAUCUUUAUCGGCAUUACUACCUUCUAUUCAGAGGAUAAUCCCGGCUCAGGGUCCAAUCCGAGGAGGUGUUGAAGUUACCCUUCUAGGAACUAAUUUCAGGCCUGGGAUGGGUGUAAAGUUUGGUGCAAAUCUAUCUCUUGCAACUCACUGCUGGUCUGACUCCACUCUCGUGACGUACUUGCCACCGGCUGCACAAGCUGGUCCUGUUCUAGUUACAAUUCAAGAUCCUGCAACUGGUGAAAUGGUUGUCUCAAAUCCAACCUCACAUCAGAUCUUUACAUACACAGAUGAUUCGGACAGGCAGCUGAUUGAGCUGGCUUUGCAAAUUGUUGGAUUGAAGAUGAAUGGUCGCCUUGAAGAUGCUGAAAAUAUUGCAAAGAGAAUUAUCGGAAGCAGCCACGAUGGAGGAUUGGGAGGUAGUGUUUCUGGAAGUAUGAGCGGUAUCAAUGAUUCUGAUAUGGAUCAGACCCCUAUUGGAAACUCUGCCAGGUCAUCUUGGCUGACUGAGGCUUCAAAUAGGAUUAAGCAGUUCUCCAAGGGCUCUAGUUUGGACCAACAGGACAUCAUAGUUAGGUUUUUAUCCCUACUCGACUUACCAAAUUCCCCUGUUGUGUCUCCAAACUGGGCUAUUUGUACCUUAGAGGGACAAACCAUCCUCCACCUGGCUUGCCUUAAAGGCUACUUCAAGCUUGGACGCUAUCUUAUUGAGCACGGUGCAAAGAUUGAUCCUCGUGAUGCAAACAACCUCACACCGCUUCAUUAUGCAUUUAUAUAUGGAAACAGGGAUCUUAUUGCUCUUUUAACGAGGUGUAAGGCCUCUACGUCUCAAUUCAUUGCGGAAGGUGUGGCUCUUAAGGAUAUUUCCGAUCCGAAUGUUUUAGAUCUAUUAGAUUCUGCUACCAGUGGCACACUUGCGAGGGAAGAGUCUAUCGACUCGCUAUACUCCUUAGCUAAUGAAUCGAAUUCACGUCUAUUUCGGGAAUCUGGUUCUGUCCGUGCAGUGGCAUCUGGUACAAGAACACGUCGGGAUGUCAAAUUCUUUGCAUCUGAUUCUGAAAUAGAGGCUGAUUCUGAGGAUAAUACUGAUUACAGCAUAUCUGAAAUGAGUACGGAGGCUAACAACGUUUCAGAUAAUGGAGCCAACACGAAUGAAUCGGUUGCGGGUGUAUUAUCGUCAUCUUCAUCUUCUGAAAAACCUAUAAAUGUGUCUUCUGAACCUUCCAAGAAGCAUGGAAAGAAUAUUGGAUUGCAAUUCUGGAUGGCAAUGAGAGGUGCACUUAAUUUGGGUGUUGAAGACGCUCAACAUCAGGAUGAUCAACAGCCUCAUGUUCAAAGCGUCAGUGAUGAUACAGCAACCAUGACUGUGGUGGAUGAAACCCUUACCCUCGUGGACGAAAGGAAGACUGACAACACAACAAUUGUUGAGGACGCACCAGAUGAUGAAAUUCUUCCAUCAUAUGACGAUUUGUUCCCUAACGGUGGAAACUGGAGGUCCUUCAUCAACUUUGGAGGAAAAGAACGCAAGGGAUUAGUUACAACAUCAACUUCAGAGAAUGAGAGCGAUCCUCAAAGUCGUGAGGAAGAGGUUGAGGAGGCCAUCAUAUCUCUUAAGUCAAAGCAGAGAUUGAACUCAGACAAGAGAUUGAUGUUUUUCUGGCUCCCAUUUAUGCUUGUUCUUCUGUGUAUCGUCGUGGGCAGCCGCUUGAAUAUUGUCUCUCUUAACAGGUUUCCGGCCGCUUCCAAGGUUGUUGAGGGUGCUCGAGACUUUAUUGGAUCUAUUAUGCUUGGAAAAGAUCGCUUUACCGAUCUAUUAAAUGAAAAUUGGAGUUUUGGGCGUGAAAGAGUAAACAAAGUUUUUAAUGAUAUGAAUGACGCUAUGAUGACCGCUGUUGGUGGUGCAAGGUGA